AUUAAUUUGGGUGUCACAUUUAGGUGGACCUUUUGUCCUAAAUGCUUCUCAUCGUUUCAUAACAAACAUUGCUGCUUCUGUUGCAACACAACCUCUUGUCUCUAAUCCUUGGCAAAAAUAUUUGCACAAAAGGUUUACAUAAAUUAUCCAAGAACAUUUGAUCAAAACACGUCACGCUUUCCAUCAAAUAAUAUCAACUCAAAAACCUCGACAAAAUGUUCAUUUCUGAAAGAACAGUAAAAGACAGCAGCAUCAAUUUGUUAAAACGCGCAUUUCGAGUAUAAAGCUACUUGGAGGUUCUUUGUAUGUAAAUAGGGUGUAAAAAAGGCCCUCCCCGUCUUUGUAAUUAAUUGACACGUUAUACCACUCAUCAUGCUCUGAAGCACCAAUGGUAGAGGCUCGGAUCUCCCCAAAACCCACAAUUUCACAUCUGCAAACACUGUCUUCAUCCACUUGACUCCCAAGACCCGCCCACACGUGGCCAACCUUUCUCGUUUUUGAAUGCUUUUUCACUGCAGGUUCAUGUGUUGAGACCAACCUUAUAUGGACUGAUCGGACAAGGUAAUGGCUUAUUUCCCCGUAGCACCCAGCAGUAGCAGAGUAUCCAUGAGCCACAUAUAGCACUUCAGCCACUUUGGCAUCCUUCCUGGACUUAUCCAGACUGAAUCCACAGCUCCUUGCUUAGGCAAUGGUUACCCACAGUGGCUGCUUUGACUGUACUUCAGCGUAGAGCGACACUUGCACGUCCUACGUGUUUUUUUUUUCCUUGCUGAAAGAAAAAAAAAAAGAUCGCCUCUGCUUUUUCUUCGUCUUGUUUGUUUGUUUUCACCACAGCGGAUUGUCCAAAAAGGUGGUGCAGCAACUUUUGCCUGCAUAUUUUCCCUCCCCCUUCACCAGAAUAUGUCGUUGACCAACACAAAGACGGGCUUUUCUGUAAAGGACAUUUUGGACCUUCCCGACACGAACGAUGAAGAGGGAUCUAUCACCGGAGCGGAGGAGGACACGGAGGGAUCGGACACCACGUCCACGACAAAAACCACUGGAGUUUUGGUGCAAAGUCCUCUAGAAAACGUUCAAAACCUGCCUUUAAAGAACCCCUUUUAUGACAGUAGUGACAAUCCUUACACACGAUGGCUUGCUACUACGGACAGUAUUCAGUAUUCAUUCUUUCUCCCGUUUCUUGCCGCAGUGCACGGUCUAUCCGCCAGCGCGCAGGACUCAGCCAAGUCCCCGGAGCCGUCCGCGGACGACGAGUCGCCGGACAAUGACAAGGAAACUUCCAGCAGUGGCGGCAGCGACUCCGGCAAAAAACGGAAAAGAAGGGUGUUGUUUUCCAAGGCACAAACAUACGAGCUGGAGCGCCGCUUCCGGCAGCAGAGGUACCUGUCAGCGCCGGAGAGGGAGCACCUGGCCAGCUUGAUUCGCCUCACCCCAACCCAAGUGAAGAUCUGGUUCCAGAACCACCGGUAUAAGAUGAAGAGAGCCCGGGCUGAGAAAGGUAUGGAAGUGACCCAUCUCCCUUCUCCCAGGCGGGUGGCCGUGCCCGUCUUAGUCAGGGAUGGAAAGCCUUGUCACACUCUUAAAGCUCAGGACUUGGCGGCCACUUUUCAGGCCGGGAUCCCUUUCUCGGCGUAUAGUGCCCAGUCGCUCCAACACAUGCAGUAUAACGCGCAGUACAGCGCCGCGGCCACGCCACAGUUCCCCACAGCACAUCACUUGGUGCAGACGCAACAGUGGACUUGGUGAGAGACAUGAUAGAGACUUGUCGUUGUGAUACGGUAGGGAGGUUCACCACAAUGCAAAGAAAGAAAAGAAAAAACUUACAAAAACAAAAAGACUUUUCAUUUUUGCAGCUUGACUCAUAUAUAUACUACCAUUUUUAUUCGGGGCAUGUGUGCGCCGUGUUUACAUGUUUUCGUUAAGAGAACUGGGUCCAAACCUCUCCCACAUAGAUUUUAUUCUAAAUGUCAAUGCUCUUCUUGUGAACAUUUUUUUUUGUAAAGUAUGUUGUGUGUUGGUUGUAGAGAUGUUUCCUCUUUUUUUUUAAAUUUUAUUUUAUUUUGAUCCUUCGUGUUAUUAUCAGCACGUACGUACCACUUUAUAAUUAUAGAAAUUUUAAUUUCUUGCUUCUUUUAUGGACCGAAAAAAAAUAUUUAUGGCCAUGAAUAAAAAACUGGCAAAUUUUCAACUCUUUUUUCCCAUUUGUUUUUAUUUCUUGCAAAUAUAUUCAAGCAGGUGGUUCAGAGACCGGGAACUCUGUUCUCUAUCUAAUUUGUGAAAAAUAAAAAGGGAAUUAAUAAAAAAUAUACAUAUUUUCUGCCAACAUGUUAAAUCUUUGUUUAAAAGCAAUGACUAAAAAUGACUGGGGUUACAUUUAAUAAAAUAGGCUACUGUUUGUAACAAACAAUACAAACAAUGAUUUUAAAGUCUCUUUAUUUGGAUGAAAAAUCCAUUCAGGUAUAGCGCACAGCCAAACACCAAACGUGUACUUGAGUCUUUUCUUUCGAAUCAAAUUUAAUCCGGAGAAUAUUUUUCCCAGUCCAAACACAUCACCAAUAAAGAGCCCAAAGUCACUUGUGAAAUGGGACUAAAAUCCACUCACUUAAUAUGAGUGGGCUUCUCCACAUAAGAAGCUUUUGAGUCAAAAGCACUCCUUUUUGUCAGCACUCCCGGCCCCGGCUGCAAAGUGGACUGCUGAGGAAAAGCAUCGCUUAAUGCAAUAAAUGUUUUCUUUUCUUAUUAAGCGCCAAAAUAAGGACGGAGGUUUUAACACACAAAGAGCUCGUAAGUAAAACUAAACGGUCAAGUGUUAUAAUGAAGUUAUUUAUCAUGAUAUCAUCAAAUAAAAAAAGUUGAAAAGUGUA